AUACCCAUCUCUUUUGCCAAAACCCUAAACCUCUGCAAAACUUCCAAUCAAUAAACACCUGCAGCCAUAAACCCUCGUUAGCUCCAUACCUCUUCAUUGACUACAAUCAUGUCUUCUCUCUCUCGCCUCAUCCACAGGACCUUCGCCACUUCUUUCUCCUCCUCCACACCUCCCCAACUCAAUCCCAACACCGUCAGAUCUCUCUCCAACGACCUCUACAAAGAGCGCAACCUCAAGAAACUCGUCGAGAAAUUCAAGAAAUCCUCCGAGUCCGAUCGCUUCCGAACCAAAACCGGCGUCUACGAAUCCACUGUUCGCCGCCUCGCCUCCGCCAAACGCUUCCGCUGGAUCGAAGAAAUCCUCGAGGACCAAAAGAAGUACAGAGACAUUUCCAAAGAGGGUUUCGCUGUUCGACUCAUUUCACUUUAUGGGAAAUCGGGCAUGUUCGACCAAGCCUCUAAGGUGUUCGACGAAAUGCCUGACUAUAAAUGUGAUCGCACUGUCAAAUCUUUCAAUGCCCUUUUGGGUGCUUGUGUCAAUUCGAGGAAAUUCGAUAAGGUUGAUGGGUUUUUUCGUGAAUUGCCGGAGACUUUAGCUGUUAAACCUGAUGUUGUUUCGUAUAAUACGGUGAUUAAGGCGUUUUGUGAGAUGGGUUCGUUGGAUUCUGCUGUUUCGAUGGUUGAUGAGAUGGAGAAGAAUGGUUUGGAGCCUGAUUUGAUUACAUUUAAUACACUUCUUGAUGCAUUUUAUGGGGAUGAUCGGUUUUCAGAUGGCGAGAAGAUUUGGGCUCGGAUGGAGAAAAAAAGUUUGGUUCCUGAUAUUAGAAGUUACAAUGCUAAGUUGGUUGGAUUGGUUUCUGAGAAGAAAAUGUUGGAAGCAGUUGAGUUAGUUAGAGAAUUUGAGACUAAGGGGUUGAAACCUGAUGUGUUCAGUUAUAAUGCUUUGAUUAAGGGCUUCUGUGAGGAUGGAAAUUUGGAGGAGGUUAAGAGGUGGUAUGGAGAGUUGGAAAAAAGUGAGUGUGUUCGAGAUAGAGCCACUUAUGGGACCCUUAUUCCGUUUCUCUGUGAAAAGGGUGAUCUUGAUUGGGCUUUCGAACUCUGCAAGGACAUCUUUGAACGGCGAAGCCUUGUUGUCAAUGGGCCAGUGUUGCAGCUUGUGGUAGAUGGGUUGGCUAAAGAAUCCAAGAUUGAAGAAGCUAAGAAGCUUGUGCAGAUGGGGAAGUCGAAUAAUUAUUCUCGCUAUAAACUACAAUUACCUUCAGACAAGUAGUGUUAUUAUUGCCUCCUUGUUUGAUCUUUGUACGUUAUAUCCUUCCUGCUAGUUGUUUUCAUUUGGACAAAUGCUAUUGCCUUUUAUAUUUCUUGUUUGAUCUUUCUAUGCUAUGCCCUUCCUGUUAGUUAAAACGAAUGUCUUUCUUGUGGUGGUUGAAUGAUGGUUGAAGAGGCAAGGAAUUUUUCUUAGCUGUGAAGGUUUAAUAAUUAUUAUUUUUCUCAAGUUAAUUGAAAAUUUAGAUGAAUGCCUUUCCUGGAAUA